GCCAAGAUCUGCCAGGAUGAUUCCGAGUGCGAUCCCGACGAGUGCUGCACUCGUGGCAACCUUCUCCUCAUUAGGGAGUGCUUCAGGUACGCUCAGGUUGACGAGGACUGCCACACUGGCGACUACUCUCUAGUCGGCUACUGCCCAUGCGCAGCCGGCUUGUACUGCGAAGACGCCGGCAACAGCGGCUUCGUCGACUUCUUCGCCGGGGACGGAUGGUGCAAGCCCGUGCCCGCCGACCAGAUACCCGCCUAAACGGGCGCAGGAAAAAUGCUUUUGGAAAUUACGUUUCCAAGCUAAUCACCAUUAAAGGUUAACCAAGGAGGUUAAUUUUUAACCUCCUUGGGUUAACGAAUAGCA